AUUCAAAGUCAGAAUUUUAAGGAGAAAAUACGCAAUUACCACUCCUGUGGGGUGUAAUGGAAAAGUAGGUACGUUUUUACGACAAUUAUGUACUAAAAACAAGAAAUUUUUUAUUUUUUUUUAUUUUAAACAGAUAACAACAUUGUCAAAAUGAACCCGUUCACACAAAUCCUAGAAAACGACUAAAAUCGCUGUCUUCUGCUGCCAGGCCAGUAGAUGGCGAUGUCACUUUGUAAAGAAACACUAUGCGCCUACACAUGCGCAUGACGUCACUGUUUUUGUAGUUUACACAGAGAUGAUAACAGUAUCAUUUUCAAAAAUUUGCGUUUUCAGGCCCCCAGAACUCUGUUGUCAUGUAAAUGAAUGGCCAAAACACAUAAAAAGUUUUUAGUUAAAAAUGUUGUCAUGUAAACGUCCCCUAAUAUAACAAUUAGUAUAACAAAUUACUGUUGUCAAGAAGUAGUAAGUAGCUUAAUAAUAUUACUUUUAAAAGUAAGUACUGAGUUAGUAAUGAGUAAUAAGUGACAUUUUUUGAGUAAUGAGCCCAACACUGGUCCGUGGCAUCUAAAAGAUAGAAAACCCCUGUCACAAACUACACUACUGCCUAUACGGGACAAACUGCGCUCCAUAUGUGUUUAAUGCGGAACGCUAUUGAUGUCUUAAAUCCGGUACGAUUCCGUCUUACACGGAACGGUUGGCAACCCUGCCCCCCCCACACACACUGUGUGAUGGUACGUUCCACGAACUGUCAACGGAAGGCCAAGCUUUCGCUAUCAUUACAUGACAAACUCUAAACUGGCUGUGUUUAAACUACAUGCUCGGAAUUCGGUGAAAAUCUAUGAUCUAUUUAUCCAGCGGAAGAUGGAGGAUCGUGCGCGAGCGCUGUUUACUUUCGGGAUCAUAGCCGACAUCCAGUACGCAGAUAUAGACGACGGGUCAAACUAUCGGAGGACGCGGAGACGCUUUUACAGGAACAGCGUUGAGCUGCUGCGGAACGCGAUGCGGGACUGGGAGGAGCGGCGCGUCAGCUGCGUCCUUCAGCUGGGAGACGUUAUUGACGGCCACAACAAGAGCCGUGACGCGUCGGAACAAGCGCUCGAAACUGUUGUGAAGGAGCUUGAGAAAUGUUCAGUGGAUGUGCAUCAUGUGUGGGGAAAUCACGAGUUUUACAACUUCCGUAGGGAAACUCUCCUCGCCUCUCCGCUGAACAGCGCAGCGAAAGCUGAAGCCGGAAGUGACCUCCUCGCGGACGACAUUUACGCGUAUGAAUUCAGCCCCGCCCCCAACUUUCGAUUCGUGCUUCUGGACGCGUACGACAUGAGCGUCAUCGGGAGAGACGAAAGCAGCGAGAAGCACAAGCAGUCCCUGAAACUACUGCAGCAGCAUAACAGCAACCCUGACCUCAACCAGCCUCCAGUUUAUGGGUUGGAACAAAGGUUUGUGAAAUUCAAUGGAGGAUUCAGCCCAGAGCAGCUUCUGUGGCUGGAUGAAGUCUUAACUCUUGCUGACCAGAAGCAGGAGAAAGUAACUGUCUUCAGUCAUCUCCCCGUUCACCCAGACUCCACGGACCCCAUCUGUCUGGCCUGGAACUACGAGGAACUGCUGUCUGUCCUGCGCUCUCAUAAGAGUGUGGUGUGCUUCGUGGCGGGACACGACCAUGACGGAGGAUACUGCACGGACGCGUCCGGCGUUCACCACGUCACGCUGGAGGGGGUGAUCGAGACCCGUCCUGAUAGUAAUGCCUUCGGGACGGUUUACGUCUACGAGGACCGGAUGCUUCUGAAGGGCAGUGGGAGGACAGCAGACAGAGUCAUCAAGUAUCCAUGAGACUCUCGGGAGAUUAUUGUCAAUGAAUGAUGGAAUUAAAACAAACAAACACUAUUCUGUAUGAUCAUCUCAGUCUCUGAUGUUACAUCUGAUUUUUAUAAAUCUAAUAAGAUGUGUUUAUGUGUAAGCAGCACUGUUGAGUGAGAGACGCAAACAAAACACUGUCGAACAUGAACAACUUAAUGUGCAAUAAGUAUGAUUACAUUUUAAAUAGACUAUAUGAAGAGGAAAUAAUUUUUAUUUAUUUAUGUCAAGAUUUCAUUAGUAUGAAUAUAAAUAUAGAAUUAACUUUACAUGUAAUCUCAGUAUAUAAAUAUUGAAUAAAAAUGUUUUAUUUCAUUACACUCA